AUGGAACCAGCUAAAGUAAUUGGAAAACUAAAGGAACAAGUGCGCAUGGAGCACAAGUCGCGCCGUAGUUUUCCAAAAGUGUGGACCCAAGUUUCAGACAAGCAAAUUAACAAAUUUUACCACCAAAAUGAGAUUGAUUCUCAAUUAACGGACCGGCUAAAACUCCAAGAGUUAUGCCCAAUCCUGCACAACAAUCAGGGCGAAUCAAGUUUCGUGUCUCCAGAGAUGUACAAAAACUUAGUUGCUGUCUGUCGCUGUGGUCGGUCUCGGCGAAGCCUACAUAUGGGCAAAUGCCUACAGAGAACAUUGAGUCCAGAUUUCGAGCGAUCCAUGAAUCCGAAAAGCCCACAAGACUCGAAUUCGCAAGGUGCUGUUCCAAUUAAUAAUGCCCCCGAACCAAUAAGUGUGCCUCGCACUUCAAACUCUAGCAUCGGCUUUGUAGGAAUCUCUAAAAACUACAAAAAAUUGGAGCGUUCUAUGCAAUAUGUCUCACCUACAUAUUCAAUGCCGGGGCCUCGGGUAACAACAGUUCCCUACAACAAUAUUAUUAUUGGCUAA